ACCCUACAAGAGGAUGAGCGACCCCAUUGACGAGCCUAUCAAGCAGGCAGCGGACGAGUUCGACUCCGAAUCUCCCGAAAAUCGAGGCCAGCAGUCGAAACGAAAAAACUCUGGAGACCUUGGAGAAGAACAUGACUAUACAAAUCCGAAUCGGUAUUGGUUCGAAUCAACAGCAUGUCCUCUUAUUGCUGGUACCUUCGGGCCGAUGGCAUCCGCCUUUUCUAUAUGCGCCUUGUCUUCCAGUUGGAGAGUGUACAUACCGCCCGGAGGUACUGUCAAUAACUCAACUACCAUUGAUGACCCGAAAUGGUUGCUUGCGAUCAACGCCGUCUCACUAGUGCUCGCUCUCCUUGCGAACGGCGCCUUGUUACUGAACAUGGCCCAUCGUCUGCGAUUCUCGAUAGCCCAGCCGAUCACCAUCGUUGGCUUCAUUGUCUCUUCUGGACUUCUCAUUGCGGAUCUUGCUGCUUUGACCGUGUCUCAUACUUAUCAGCUUCCUACGAGCUCCCCUGCAGCACCCCGCGCUCGUCAUGCCCUGACGUCUGCCUUCUACUAUGCAAUCAUGGCUGCUGCUAUUUAUCUGAUCAUUGCCAUGCUCAUGUGUUUGACGGUCUAUGGUGCUUGGAAAGGGCACUAUGCGAGACAAUUCAAACUGACCGCAGCACAGCGGACCUUGAUGCUGCAGACAAUGAGCUUUUUCACCUACCUCCUGCUCGGUGCUCUGGUAUUUAGCCACGUCGAGAAGUGGGAACAUCUGGAUGCUGUGUAUUGGGCAGAUGUGACGCUGCUUACUGUCGGUCUUGGAGACUACACGUACGUUCUCAUCGUCUUUGCAGAGUUUGCGAAGCUACAACUGAUGCAUAACUUCUCAGACNCAAAAACGCACACCGGCAGAUCUCUGUUCAUCCCGUACGCCAUUGGUGGCAUCGUCAUCCUCGGUCUUGUCGUCGGCUCCAUCCGAACCUUGGUCCUAGAACGAGGCCAAAAGAAGAUAUCCGCCAGAAUGAUGGAGAAAAAGCGACUCCGAGCCGUCAAUAGUGUUAACGAUGGCAAGCAACGAAUGCGUGUGAGCCGCUUCCAAACAAUGAAGUUUGUGGAAAGCUACACGAAUGCUGCUCAGAAGAGAGAGCAAGAGUUCAAAGCGAUGAGAAGAGUUCAGGAAUGUGCUGAGAGGGACCGCAAGUGGGUUGCUUUGGCCGUGUCUACGACAGCUGCUUUCACGUUGUGGCUUGUCGGUUCUGCUAUCUUUCAUGUUGCCGAGAGAGACCAGGGCUGGACCUACUUCCAGACGAUGUACUUUACCUACGAAUGUCUGCUCACGGCCUUCUUCAUCCUUUGGUCGCUCUUAGCCGUACCCACCCUUACGAUUCUCAUCUCAGACAUGGGCGACACAGUGGUCCAACUCUUCUCCAACGCAACUGAAUGGAUUGGUUCUUUGACCGUUCUUCCUUCUGAACAAGGCAUUAGAUCUGCCCUUAACCAAGCCUGGCUCACUCUCACAAAAACCCACCCAAUCCACCACAACCACCAUGACUUACAUCCCGGCGGAGUAACCCAAACAGAAGGCGCAGAAACCGAUGACGAAAACCAACAUCUCACCAUGACAGACCGCAUAGCCGACCGCAUGGCCAAACACCUCGAAGCCUCCGAACUCGACGACGCCCUCUCCGCCGAACAAGCCGGCGAUUUCGAAGAACGCGACAUCCACUUCUACAACUUCCUGCUCGCUCGCGAGACCCAAAGAUUGCUCAAAGACCUCAACACCUCACCCCCAAAACGCUACGAAUGGGGAGAGUGGGAAUACUUUNUGAAACUCAUGGCCAAUGAUGCGGACGCCACAGAUCUCAAUGGCGAUAUAUUGGUGCCUGAGGAAUUGCGACUGCCGGAAACCAGAGAGGAGUGGAAGAGGAAACAUGUCGAUCAUAGGUGGUCGUGGUUGAGUAGGGCUAGUCCUUUGAUGGGCCACAAGUCUGAGACAGAGUGGAUACUAGAAAGACUGGGGGCGUGUUUGGAGAGAGAGUUGAGGGAGUCGAGGUUGUUGCCGUAUCGAACUCGAGAGGAGAGGAGGAAGCCGCCAGUGAGUUUGUAUGAUAUGAUAAGGAGGGGCAAGAACAAGCAACAAGGCGAUGACAACGCU